AUGCCUAAGAACAAACGUAACGUGACCUCUGGAAGAGGUGAACGGAAGCCGCUGCGUCGGGCCGGAAAUCCCAGGGCCGGAAAACCCGAGGGCCCUCAGCAGCAGCACCCGCAAGACAUUCAAUUCGUUGUCUCGGGCAUCCUGACCAACGAAAAUACGAUUGAAGAUCAGAGAGCCAAGAUCACCGAUGAAGCAAACCAAGCCACACAGCACACCGUUCAGAAUCAUCUGAUCAUGGCCAAUGAACAUGGCAAACUUCUUUUCGAGUCGCUGGUACAGCUGAAGGAAGAAGUCAGCGAGCUUCACGAAGAAGCCAGCCGGCUUCGCGAAGAAGUCAGCCGGCUUCGCGAAGAGCUAAACGACGUCAAAACAACACUCAGUGAAGUCCGAGAAUCAUUGGUGAAUGUCAGAGAGCGAAACUACCUCACGUUUUUACGUGAUCAUGUUACCGGGUUCUCCAAAACAAACAAAGAUCGUAUCCAGACCUUGAAUUCGUCAACGGUUCAUGGUGGUGACGCUCUGCUAGAUGCUUUUAUGUUCCUGUCACGACGAGAGGACUCUCCAGAAGAGAGACGCCUCUUCCGACGGAUCUAUGGCCUAGAUGCUGAAAAGCUCCAAGAACUUCGCAUCAUCGGCAAUGAGAGAGCUGAAUACCGCGCCAAAGAAGCUGCUGAAGCUGAUAUCCAGCCACCACACCCUAGCAACCCUGACAACCACAACCGUUAUAUCCAACUAGCGUCUGCGGCGAAACGUCGUAUCCGGCAGGACGCCAUGACCGCAUGUGACCGCGCGUGGGAGAAAGAGAGGGCAGGCAGGGCGACGAAGAAGCUACUCGAGGCGCCAACGAGGAAAGUCCUCAAAUUCUGGGAUGGUCAGCGGCGUGCAUCAUCCUCUAUUAUGUUGCAAAUCCGCACUGGCAUCAUCGGUCUCAAUCAAUAUCUCUCGAAAGACCAGGAAACCUCCACACCGCUCGUGAUCCCUUCCACCCGCGCUCUUCUAUCCGAUAAUAUCUCGCACUUCGUCCUUACUCCAAAUAAUGCAACUGCGGUUAUGAACGUGGCGUCUACUCAGGAUCGUCAUGAGGCUCUCCUACGAUCGCGGACCUCCGCACGGACUUUUUGGAGAAAGCUUUGUGGCUUGAUCAGUUCGGAACGAGAACCGGCGCAGGCGUCCACGGGAGACAGCCCCAGGAGCACCAAGACCGACAUGAAAGCUACCGUUAUAGAGGGCUACCUAGAAAAGAUAACAUCGAUGCCUCCCUCGCCAGAGAUCUUGGAACGAUCGAUGCAACUAUUCAGUUCUCUGCGUCUAUGGAGAAGCUUGACAACUGCUACAGAGAUUGGAAACGCCAAGCUGAUGAGAGGUCGAGUGCGUUCCUGGAUCGCACAGCUGCUCGAUUUGUGGCUGCACCCGUUUGUUUCCUACACCUAUCUUAUUCUUCUUCUCUACACCUCCUCCCACCUCUUCCUACAACCUCUCUUCCCUUCUUCACUCAUUCUGGUGGGGAGAGGACAGCUUCACUUAGCCACUUGGGUCAUGCAGAGCCUAUCAACCGUGAAGCUGAUAGACUACAUCGUCGGCCAGGCUCGCCUUGUAGGCCUGAGUGAUGAAUUAAUUGGUACUUUCCGCAUCGACAAGAUGAACCCGGGAAUUACAUGGACCUUGACAUUCUUCCACGAUUUCGAGAACCCAUUCAUCGAACUUGAAGCCCAGAUUCGAACUGCCGAAGAAGAUGGUCACUUCAACAGUCAAUGGCCUUCUCAAGAAGCAUCUUUCAAAAUCUUCCGUGAAAAUAUCAAAGGCUUCGAGGUUAAGAAAGUGAUUAUGGACAACAGCAGUGACAAGGUAUAG